AUGGAUCCUGAGCCACAACCAAAGGAGCUUUCAAAACUAACUCAAGUAGAAGAAAUGUUGAUUGCACGUGUCAACCCGAUACUACAAGUUACACAUGCAAUUGGUGGUCAAUAUAGAUGCAAAAGACACACGAUAAGUUUCCCACAAAACGUUGAACAUGUUUCACAAAUUUUGCCACAUACAAUAAAUCAUUUGUCAAUCAUUGUUGUUCGAAGAAGGGAUCAACGUGGCACCAAUUAUAAUUUUACAGUUAAUAGAGACCGUGUGUAUAAAGCACUUAAGUGUAAAGUAGAGCAUGACAAGUUUUACUUUGAUGUUAGAAUUGAUGAAAAUGCUCUCAACAAUCUAUCAAGAGAUUGUGAUGAAAAUAUUUUCAACAAAUUGAAAAUAGUGCACAUGGAAUUUGGUUUAGAAGCAAAUGAAAUCAUAUUUGUAGGUCCAAUGAUGGAGACAGAUGAAGGUAAUAUAAUUGAGCACACAACAUCAAUGGCUUCGACACCUCCUACUAUUCGCAAAGAGAUGGAAUUGAUCCAUGCAUGGGUUAAUAUUUCUAAUGCAAAUCCAACAAAAUUGAUUGAUUGGCCAAGAAUCGACGCAUCUCUUAUAAAUGAGUAUGUCACAUUAGGAUUACUUGAUAUGGCAUUCCCAACAUUGUUUCCUGAUGGAUGGUGUGACUGGUUAGAACCUCGAAUGAGGCGAGUGCAUUUGCAUGAAUUUGUGAAACAUCUAUUGAGGUAUAAAGAUCAUCGUUUUGGUCAACAUUCAAGAUUCAAAUAUUUUAUGAUGAAUAUGAUAAUGAGACAUCGUGCACAAAAUUCAUCUACAGUAUUUGUGAAAAGAAGUUUUCAAGACAUGACAAUCACCAUUAAUGAGUUGCGUCAGCAUAUGGAAAACACACCUCACUCUCAUUUAGCUUAUAAGACAAUGCGAUUUGGAAACAAACUCAGGGGUACAAGGUCAUAUUGGGCUCAUUGGCAUGCGAAAUUGAUAGACAUGCUUCAUCAAAUUGGCUCUCCUACUAUAUUCUUUACAUUGAGCGUUGCAGACAUGUAUUGGCUUGACUUGCACGCAUUAAUGCCAGGAACACCACCAAGGACUCCAUGA